AUGGUAUAUGAAAACAAUAAUGAAGGGAAAAAACAGAUCAUUAAAGUCUUUCUGCAUCGAACAGGACUGCUAAUUGCAGAGCAAGAUAUACACAUAUCCAUACAGAAGGAGGCCAUACAGAGGCUAAACAUGAUUCUGGAUAAAAUUUCAAAAGAAAACAAAAAGGAUUUGUUUUCAUCUGCAGAGAUUUUGAAUGUUAUGGGAUGCUUAGGGAAACAAAUAACUGUCAUUGGGGAUUAUGACUUACAAGUCUCCAUAACGGAAGCAUUGUGCCGAAUGGCUACAUCUAAGCAGAGGCAGAAAUUAGCAGAUCAGUGUUUCAGCAUGGAGUGUGCUGCCAAAGCAUUCAAAAGGAUUAAAGACUCCACAUUUGAAACAGAUUGUCGAGUAUUUCUUAAUCUGAUAAAUGAUCUGCAAGGAAACGAGAGAAGUGACUUUGACCAUGUCCAUAUAAUUUUGGUCAAAAAUUCACCUUAUUUCUUUACGCUUUUUAAAUCACAUGCCAUAAGCUGCAACUUUGCCUUUGCUCAAGAAAAGGAAAGGAUGAGUCUUCUCAUGCCAGUAGAUGAAAAAUUACAUGAUUUCUGGAUAGAUUUCAAUAUUGGCAGCCAAAGUAUAUCAUUUUACAUAUCUUCACAAGAUAAUGAACAGGAAAGUCUAUGGGAAACUGUGUACAUUCCUGAAGAGGAUGUUGAGAAUUAUACAGUUGAAGAGAUGGAGGGAAAGAAGAAGCUUAGAAUCGUUAUGAAGCAUUAUUUAAGAAUUGGUAGAACAGAAGGCAUACAGAUUUGCAUUGUUUUUAAAGCUGUACUGAAUAUAUUGGAAGCUGCAAUGAAUGUUUUUGGGAGCAAAAAGUACAGAAAAGUUCCUGGAAAGCAUAGGAACUCUGUUGUGAAAACUACAGUGCAGGUUAUUUUUGAAGACCAAGGAUCACAGGUUAUGGUUCCAGAAAGUCAACUUUCACAGACACCAGAUGGUAAAGAAAAGCCACUAAAAGAAAAAAGAAAAUGCAGCCAACCGACUCAAAUAAUACCCCUUGCUACAGAAUCAACACCAAGACUACCCAUAAAACAAACUCGGAGAAACAAGCGAGUAUCUGAAUCAUCUUUGACAAUUUCCGAUAGAAGGCAAAGAUCAGCAAAGAAGUCUGACAAGUGCAUCAUGUCAUUAUCAAUUUCAUCUUUGAAGAAGAAAGGUAAACCCAGAUUAGAACUACAAGACUACUCUGAACACAGUACUAAUUCUAGCAUCUGUAAACCAAAAUCCAAAGGAUUGCAUGUUUCUGUAUCUGCUGACAAGGAAACAGAGAUUGAUGAAAGCAAGAUGAAGGUGAUUACUGAAGAAAAUGAUGCUGAAAUUGUGAGGGAUAAAUGUUUUAGAAUGUCUACUGAUAAACAAUUAGCCGAUUCAGUUGAAGUUGAUUCUCAUCUAUUGGAGAAAAAAGCCAGACAUUUAGUGCCUUGUGAGAUCGAUCAAACAUUUGAACCCAGUGAAUUUGUGACACCAGCACACAGACGUGGACAACAUUUAGUACUAGACCCGUCUUUGGAGAGCCAUUUAUCCAAACAGAAAUCCUGUUCUGUGGAUUCAGUUGAUCAAUUUUCUCCCAAACAGAAGAGAUACAAACAGUCUGCAUUUUCAUCUGUCACAUUCUUUGCUCCAGCUGUUAAAUACCUAUAA